AUGUCGUCUCAACGACCCAAGUUGAUUUCGUUGGAUGCAUUUGCCAAGACAGUCGAAGAUGCCAGAAUCAAGACUACUUCCGGUGGUAUCAUCACUCUAAUCUGUAUUCUUGUGGCACUAUUCUUGAUUCGCAAUGAGUACAUUGACUACACUACCGUUAUCGCUAGACCCGAACUUGUUGUCGAUCGUGAUAUAAACAAACAGUUGGAUAUAAACUUGGACAUAUCGUUUUUGAACCUACCUUGUGAUUUAGUCUCCAUUGAUUUGUUUGAUGAAUCGGGCGAUUUGAAAUUGGAUAUUAUAAACUCGCAAUUGGAAAAGCAUAGGAUCAUCAAACAGGGCCAUUCUUCGAAACCGGUGGAGAUUAAGGAUGACCAAUUGGCAUUGCAACGCGAAGUACCUUUAGAACAAAUUGCACCAGGCUUGCCUGAGGGACAAACUGAGGGAGAAUGUGGGUCAUGUUAUGGAGCUGUGCCCCAAGACAAGAAGCAGUUUUGUUGUAAUACGUGUGCUGCUGUACGCCGUGCUUAUGCUGAAGCCAAUUGGCAAUUUUUCGAUGGAGAAAAUAUUGCUCAAUGUGAACAAGAAGGAUAUGUGCAGCGUUUGAAGCAGCGUAUUAGUGACAAUGAAGGUUGUCGAGUUAGUGGAACGACAAAGAUCAAUCGUGUUGCUGGGACUUUGGAUUUCGCACCCGGUGCAUCAAUGACUAAAGACGGGCGCCACGUUCAUGAUUUGUCAUUGUAUCAAAAGUACAGGGACAAGUUCAAUUUCGAUCAUGUUAUUAAUCACUUGUCGUUUGGAAAUAACCCACCACAGUCACAAUUGGAUGACACCGGUUCAAUCACUCCAUUAGAUGGACACAAGUUUCUUCAGCAUAAGAAGUACCACCUGAUCAAUUAUUUCCUCAAGAUUGUUGCCACCCGUUUUGAAAGUUUAGAUGGAAAACACAAAUUUGACACCAAUCAGUUUUCAGUAAUCACCCAUGAUCGUCCAUUAGCCGGUGGCAAGGAUGAAGAUCACCAACAUACAUUGCAUGCCAGAGGUGGAGUUCCUGGAGUUGCUUUCAAUUUCGAUAUUUCGCCAAUGAAAAUUAUCAAUCGUGAGGAGUAUGCCAAGACCCGACUGGGGUUCAUUUUGGGCGUUGUCAGCUCGAUUGCUGGAGUGUUGAUGGUGGGCUCGUUGAUGGAUCGUAGUGUUUUUGCUGCACAACAGGCAAUAAAAGGUAAAAAGGAUUUAUAG